AUGGCAGAGGCAAGCAGAGGAUACAAGGGAAAGGCUUUAGUACAGUAUUCGGAUGGGCUUGAGGAAGAAGAUGCUUUAAGAGUGUACCGGUUUCAGGUCCUGUUGCCAAGUGGCGUGAGCACCAGCCUCACGCUGCAUAACCCUGGCGAAGAGAUGUUGGUUCGUGAUCUCUUGCUUAGUGUCAAGAGGGAGUUGAACAAUGCUUCUGUGGGAGGUGGAAGGAUGCCGGAGAUACAGUGGGAUGACAACAUUUUCCUAACUGACCUGCUUGACGAAAAGAUAACAGACAAAAUCAAGUUGAGCAACUUUGACACCAAGAGUACAAACAUACUAAGACUCCACGAUGAAAAAGGAGAACCGGUCAGUACAUUUGAGAAUAUGUGGGACCUUACCCCUCAGCCUGAUCUGGUUCAAGAGCUUCCGGCAGAAUAUAGCACUGAGAGUGCUCUUGUUGACCUUACCGAUAAUGCAUUGCAGGCUUUGUGGUCAAAUGGUAUAGGAGAAAGGAAGUUAAUCAGGAUAACUCUUGUCAAAGAAAAGAUUGUGAUUUUUGACACUGGUAGGGGAAUGGAUGGUUCAGAUGCGAACUCUAUAUGCAAAUGCCCUUCUUUGGCAUGUUUGGUUAUGGUGGAACUAUUGCCUCAAUGCAUCUUGGAAGGAAUCGAGAAAAGUGUUUACCUUACACCUUUCAAGGGAGGCAUUGCUGGAAAAAGCAGGACCAGUACCUCCGGUUUGCAGACUGCUGGAGGAGUUAGGGAUCCAUCUGAAGAGGAGAGGCUGUUGUCACCACAUCAGAGUUUUACCCAGGUAGAGAUCUGUGGGCUGAAAAAACAUCUGGAAGCAGACAGACUUCUUGGUUUUUUGAAGGACGUCUAUUUUCCAUAUAUACAGUAUGAUGAGGAUAUUGAAUCGAUGAAUACAAGAAACCCAGUUGAAUUCGAGGUGAAUGGUGUAAAUUUAGCAGAGGUGCAAGAGGGUGAAGUCACAGUAACUAAUUUGCACUCUUCAAAUGGUCCUGAUUUCAUUUGGCACCUUAAGUUCACAGAGAAAACAGCAGCUUCUUGUCAAGCUCAUGCGCGGUUGAAGUGUGUCUACUUUCCAAUUGUAAAGGGAAAGGAAUCUAUAGAUUCUAUCUUGGAAAAAUUAAGGAAUGAUGGCUAUGAAAUGAAAGAGAACUUCGACAACUUCUCUCGUGGCCCUCUUCCGUUCAUGGAAGCUAAAUACAGAAAGGGCCACAAGGCUGAGUUCUUUAGGCGAUGCUGCAAGAGGGUGAAAUGCUUUGUAGCUGAGGUUGAUGUUGAAGCCCGUGACAAGGACAGGAAACUAAUAAGUUAUAAUCAGCUGGAGAAACAAUACUACGAUUGGAUCAAGGAAAUGCAUGACAAGUAUGAUGUGGAGAUGGAUGGUGGGGAUGAUGAACCCACCCUUAUUAUCAAUCCAAAGUGCAAGGAACGACUUGGAAUAUCCAAUGAUGGUGAAGCCCGCCUUAUAUGCAGGCCUCUUGGGUACUCUGAUGAGCAAGGAUGCCUGGUCGACGAAGCUGCGGACUGCAUGAGUCCAAACAUAUAUAUCCAGGAAUCAGUCUCAUUUCCUGUCAGCAUAAUAGAUAAUAGAAUGAAAAAGGAGAAGGCUGCUAAAUGGAUUGAAAUCAUCCGGAAUUCUGGACUUGACGCUCUUGGACUAGAAGGGGAUCUACCAUAUGAAGGUGAUGUAAUGGCUGGUUAUCAACCUCCACACGAAAUUGUAGCUGUUUUGCGACCAGGAAAUUAUAUGCCUAGCUCCACUUGUCUUCUUGAGACGAAGUAUAUAGUGAAGGAUGAUCAGCUGGAGAUGAGUUGCAGAGGUUCGAAUGUCAUUCAGCAACAGACAACUAUAACAGUCUGUCCAGACUUGAACUCUAGGCGUUGUCUUUUCAGUGUCGCUGGUUCUUCCACUGAUAAUGCUCCUGUGGAUAUAAGGCUUGGAUAUCCAGUUAGACGCCUUGCUGUUAAAAGUGUAGAUCAACAUGGAAAUAAAAUUCCUUUCCUUGACACAUCUGGCAUUAUUAUAACUAUACUUAAUGGUGAUGAUGUCCUUGCGCAAGUCAAUGAUGUUGAAGUGGAACUCUCAUCAGAUUUGUUAACAAUGAAUGUUAUGUUGGACAUACUGCGGCCAAAGUACGAGGCGAAGUUAAGAAUAUCUUCAUCUGAUAAUGAGUUCUCUGUUAAACCAGGCCUUCCAUCAAUCAUUAAUAUGGACAUGUCCCUCUUCUCUGAAGAGAAUUUAAUUCCUGGAAGAGUGAUAGAUAAUGUCCUUCUGGAGGUGUUAGAUCAAUUUAGCAAUCAUGUUGAAGAAGGAACCAAACUUAAUGUCCAUGUUGAUGGACUCUGCUUUCUAGAUAAGAAAAGCUCCGUUCAGAAGAAAUAUUGGCGACACUUUAGUGGUGUUUCUUAUCGAGCAACAAAUGAGCUUCACUGUGUGAUUGAGGGAAUGUGUUAUCCAUCUACCAGCAUGUAUAUUGAAGAGUGA